ACUGGGCCCAAACUUAUCUGAUGCUGUACAUCACAGCCAGCACUCUGCUGACUGUUUCCAGUUGUUUCUGUAACAGCAGAAAGUACGCUUCUCAGCAGUAGUCUGAAUUCAAAAUGCUGAAGCGAAAACCAUCCAAUGUUUCAGAGAAGGAGAAACAUCAAAAGCCAAAGCGCAGCAGCAGUUUUGGAAAUUUUGACCGUCUUCGGAAUAAUUCCAUGUCAAAAGCAGAUGAUUCAACUGAGGUACAUGAAGGGGAACCCAUAAGUGAAACUGAAGAACAAAAUAAAACUUCAAAUAAUGGAAGAAGUUUGGGUAAAAAAAUGAGAGCCAUUUCAUGGACGAUGAAGAAAAAAGUGGGUAAAAAGUACAUCAAAGCCCUUUCUGAGGAAAAGGAUGAGGAAGAUGGAGAGGAUGCUCUUCCAUACCGAAACAGUGACCCAGUGAUGGGGACUCACACAGAGAAGGUCUCCCUCAAAGCCAGUGACUCAAUGGAUAGUCUUUACAGUGGUCAGAGCUCAUCAAGUGGAAUAACAAGCUGUUCAGAUGGUACGAAUAACCGGGACAGCUUUCGGCUGGAUGAUGACAGCCCCUACUCGGGACCAUUCUGUGGUCGGGCCAGAGUGCAUACUGAUUUUACACCAAGUCCCUAUGACACUGACUCCCUCAAAAUCAAGAAAGGAGACAUCAUAGACAUUAUCAGCAAAACGCCAAUGGGGAUGUGGACAGGAGUGUUGAAUAAUAAGGUGGGAAACUUCAAAUUCAUUUAUGUGGAUGUUAUCUCAGAAGAGGAAGCAGCCCCCAAGAAAGUAAAGGCAUGCCGAAGGAGCAGAGGCGAAAAACCCAAGACUCUGCAGGAGUUCUUAGAGAUGAUUCACCUUCAGGAAUACACCUCAACACUUUUGCUCAAUGGUUAUGAGACUCUAGAAGAUUUAAAGGAUAUAAAAGAGAGUCAUCUCAUUGAAUUAAACAUUGAAAACUCAGAAGACAGAAUGAGGUUACUAUCAGCUGCUGAAAACCUCCUCGAUGAAGAAACUAUUCAAGAGCAAGAAAAUGAACCUAUUCCCUUAUCCUUAAACCCAGACAUCUCCUUAAACAAGUCACAGUUAGAUGACUGCCCAAGGGACUCUGGCUGUUAUAUCUCAUCAGGAAAUUCAGAUAAUGGCAAAGAAGAUGUGGAAACUGAAAAUCUGCCUGACAUGGUAGAGAAGAUUACUAUCACAGAAGCAAGUGAAUGAACACACAUUCUCAACUAUAUAUCUACGGAUAGACUUCAUUUUAACUCUUCUUGAGCUAAAAGAAAAAGAAAGGAAGAAAGAAAGAAAAAGGAAAGAAGAAAGAAAGAAAGAAGAAAAAAA